UCAGACAGAAAAAAUGUUUCGGUCCCCAUUCGUGCUAGUAGUUUGGCUCUUAUUGACAGUCCUUGCUAAAAACACUAAACUUCGAGAAUUUAUCGUGAAGAUCUAUAAAAGGACUGAUUCAGCGGAUGUGUUUUUUAUUGGAACACAUGAAGAUUUCUUAUCAGACUUUGUGAAAAUUGAAGUCAACAUACCAAUAUCGUUUUUUGACGAUAGUUUCAGUGGAAACUUUAGACAGUGUAACAAUGCGUUUAUUGUUUUUCUUGUUCCAGAGAAUAACGAUGCUUAUUGGAAAAUGUUAAACAACUUAAUUCACAGCCUUCCAGUACGGAAGUUUGCUUUAAUAAUCGCCAGUACCUUUAAUAGUUUGAAUGAAUACUUUUAUUUUUUUGCUGAAAGAAACUUCACAAGAAUCUUUGGAAUGCUUUCGAACAGCUCAUCUUAUGCAUUUCUACCGUUUGCUGAUAAUCAAGUGCAAGAACUUUCCGAAGAAGAUAAUCUGCCGGAUGCGUUGAAGGAUCUUAAUGGAUUCGUUCUUCGAACAACAAUCCAGUUUGAAUCACCAAGAAGUUUUUGGUAUCCAAGUAGUAAUGGACAAGAAAGUAUUGGUGGACGGUUUGGUCAAAUAUUUCUGCAAUUCUUGAAGAGACAUAAUGGAACAUUUAAGGAAAUAUGUAUUGGUAAUUCAAGAAGUCUCAAUAUAGAAGCUGUGGUAAAUGCCACAAUAAACCAGGAGAUAGAUUUAAGCACAAACCCAUAUUUCCAACAAAAAAACCUGGACUUUAGUUAUCCGGUUACAUUGAACAGGUUAGUUUUAUUGGUCCCAUACAAUGGCUUCCUUCCACCGAAUCAAUACUUCUGGAGGCCUUUUACAGCUGGAGUGUGGUUGUGUAUUUGGCUAUCGGUUAUCUUGAUGAUAAUUGCUAAGAUCAUCCUUGAUUCACUAUCAAGUUCAAGGGUAGACGUUUGGUCGAGUUUUUGUGUAAUUUAUUUAAUGCUGUUGAAUUUGCCUGCACCAACACCUUCUUCAAACUAUCGUUUUUACUGUUUUGUGUUGUUAUUUGCAUUUAUCAUUGGAAUAUUUUAUGAUACUUAUUUUCAAUCAUUUUUGACAGUUUUCAUAAAAAUCAAACAGUUCGAUACUAUUCAAGACCUGGCAAAGAACAAUAUUCUCGUAAUGGUGUCAAGUUUUAGAUGGAACAACAUUAAGAAUAAUUCUAUCCCAGAAGAGUUAAUAAAAAUCAUCAGACCGAUUUCACCGCCAGAAUUUCUUUCUAAGAUUAUCUCUAUGCAAAACACGAACUAUGCCUUUGUCACGGAAGAAGACAUAUGUAACAUUUUGAUAGCUUUUCAAGAACCUCAUAAACAAAACUCAUUUCGAAUUGCUCGUGAAACUUUAUCAAUCGUUCACACUGGAUAUUUGCUUCCCUUUAAUUUCCCCUUCAAGGAAAUUUUAAAUAAUUUUAUAAUUGAAAUCAAACAAACUGGUCUAACUCAAAAAUGGGAUUCGGAUGCAAUUUGGCAAACAAAAAAAGCAGUGGGUUUUAAAACGAAAAUUGAUAAAAACAAAGAAGAUCGUAAUGUUCCAUUGACAGUGCAUCAUUUGGAAUUUGCUUGGAAUAGUUUAACAGUUGGAUUGACGAUUUCUACACUUGUGUUUUUUGGUGAAUUUGCUGUCUAUCGACGUAAUAUUUGACGAAAGCGAUAAAUAUUAACUCACAUUUUUUAUUGAACUUUCAAUUGUACGUUUGUAAGAAGACAUUAGCUAGUGUAUACAGAAAUGCAUGAGCAAUCAUAUGCAGAAGUAAUACUCAGUAUUAAACCAAAAGUAUAAACUUAAUGUCGUUUAUUAAAAAACGGGUUCGAUUGUUUUUGUACGAAUUUUGCUGAAAAAUUUUCUUAUGUUAAAUUAUAAGACCAUCGGUUUUUAAUUAUAAUCCAUAAGUUCAAUAAGCUUAUGAAAGUCAAUUGAAAUGAUUAAUAAAUUGUUCAGCAAAUCUUUGACAAAACCACAGAGACUUAAAUUCCUACAUCCACCAGAAUAAAUACUUUUUGGACGAGCGGUAAGAAGAAGUUUAAUGUUUACAAGAUUUCUAUCCAGCUAAUAAUGUUUCUAAUUGAUAUUUUGGAAUAUAAGGGAGUGAAACAAGAUGCUUUAUCACUUUAAAUAGCAUAAUACGAAUUUAAGACGAUAAAGCUGGAAGCGGUUCAAUAAAAAAACAUAAAGCGGUGUUAUUCAAAAAUAAAAUAAUA